AUGGGCUUCAUCUUACUGGACUCCACUCCUACCCUCAAAUACUCUCCUCAUGAUGGCAUCCACCACUAUGUUGAACAGCAAUGGAUAGACCACAUUCCCUUGAUGGAAUACAGUCUGGAUGCAGCAGAGGAAAUAGCAGCAAACUGUGAGGUGCAGGCAGCAGGAGAGAUUAACUCAACACACAGAGGUGCAAGUAUUCCUUUUGCUGUAAAGGCCCAGAUUGUGGCCAAAAAUGAGGAUCGUUUGGAGCAACCCAGUUACUUGGUUAAGAAAGAAAAAACGGUCUUCUCUUUUGCAGUUAUAGUUCGAGCUGCUGAUUGUAAAAAAGUACACCAGAUUGAACUCAUUCCCAAAGAAAAAAUUAUUGUGCUGCUGUGUGGCCGCAAUCGUCAUGUUCAUCUGUACCAGUGGUCCUGCCUAGAAGGAUCAGAAACAAGUUUUGCCAUCAAACUUCAGGAAACAAAAGGUUGCCAAACUAUGCUGGCAGGAGCACUACCUAAAAGUUCUGUGAGCUAUCUUUUUGUGACAGUAAAACGUCAAGUGCUUUGCUAUGAAAUUAGCAGAACUAAACCAUACUACAAAAAAUGUAAUGACAUUCAAGCCCCAGGCAAUGUACAGUGGAUGGCACUUUUCAGAGACAAGCUUUGUGUUGGUUACCAGUCUGGGUUUUCACUGCUAAGUAUCCAAGGAGAUGGACCAGCUGUUAACCUGGUGAAUUCUAGUGACUCUUCACUUGUGUUCCUUGCUCAGCAGCCUUUUGAUGCCCUUUGUGCUGCAGAGCUCAGUAACAAGGAAUAUCUGCUUUGCUUCAGUCAUAUGGGAGUAUAUGUUGAUUCACACGGCCGAAGAUCCCGCACCCAGGAGUUAAUGUGGCCUGCAACUCCAGUUGCCUGUAGUUGCAAUUCCAUGUAUGUAACAGUGUACAGUGAGUACGGUAUUGAUGUUUUUGAUGUGAACACUAUGGAAUGGGUCCAGUCUGUUGCUUUGAGAAAGAUUCGACCACUGAAUUUGGAAGGUUCCCUAAAUCUCCUCAACUCGGAACAGCCAAGGUUAAUUUACUUCAAAAAUGACUUUUCAGAAAGCAGUGACUUCAGUGUGCCAGAAACCUCUGAUAACAGCAGAAGACAAAUGUUAAGAACUCGAAGCAAGAGAAAAUUUGUUUUCAGAGUGCCAGAGGAAGAGCGAAUGCAGCAGAGACGGGAAAUGCUUCGAGAUCCAGAACUAAGGUCCAAAAUGAUAUCAAACCCCAUCAACUUCAACCAUGUAGCACAUAUGGGACCAGGAGAUGGGAUGCAAGUGCUGAUGGAUCUACCUCUGCAGGCUGAAUGUCCUUCCCCCUCAUCCUCUCGACACCAUGCUUUGAUAUCUCCUCCAACAAACUUUGAGCACGUCUAUCACAUGAGCCCUAUCUCUGCUGAAAUCUUUCUUCAGAAAGACCAUUCCUCACUGCAAGGCCUCCCUCUGCUUUCUUCCUCUUCCUGUCCCUCCUCCACUUCUUUAGCAAGGAGUGUAUUACCUUCAUCCCAAGAAGAGCAGCCCAAAGAUAAGGCUCGCCCAGCUGUCUCCAACCCUGCUCGACAGCAGCAGAGGAGUCGAUCGUACAUCACACACACUUCAUCAGGUGGAAGUGACUUUGGAGGAAUGAUGUCAAGAAAUAUCUCUGAUCCAGACACAGAAUUUGACAGAGAGCCUGACUCAGAUUCUACAAAACACUCCACUCCAUCAAAUAGUUCCAACCCAAGUGGUCCUCCGAGUCCCAACUCUCCACACAGGAGCCAGCUUACCCUGGAUGGACUGGAUCAUUCUAGUUGUGACGCAUGACACCUCUGUUCCUUGCAGCCAAGAUGGAAAGUUAAAUUCAGCCGAGUGUUUGCCACUUGCUCCAAAAGACCAAGCAGCGAAAUGAAUAUAGAGAUGCUGGACAUGAGCAAGUGUUAUUGCCAGACAGAAGUGCCAAGAACAGUCUGUUUUUGCUUGUGGGUCACUGACAGUGUCUUGGAAGAACCACACCGUAGUUCUCCAUUUUGUCUACUAACAUCACAUUAAGUAGCAAAAGGAGUGUGCUGUGUUUCAUCCACAGCAAAAAUUUUGUUUCCAGGAUGAACCUUUACUUUGGAUUGUCCAGGGGACAUAAGUUCCUAAACCUACAAAGUGUAUCUUAAAAACAUGUAACAGAUUGCUAAGCACAGCAGUUUAAAAUGCAACGUAUACAGCUUACCUGUUUAGGAAUAUAAUAGUGGUUAUACAACGCAAUAUAACACUUGCAAAAGUUAGAUAUUUUCAGAUUUCCUUCCAAACCCUCCAUAUAACUUAAAUAGUGUUAUAGAAUGUAGCCAGAAGACAAAGCAGAAUGGAGUCCUGUAUUUUCAAAUAUUAAGAGAAAGGAGAAUCGGGACCAAACUGUGCUUCAGUUUUGAAGCCUUUUGAAUUGACCAUUUAGUAAACAAGUGUCUGCAAAGAAAAAUAACCUGAUAAAGAAACAUUUUCUUUAUGUAGACGGUUGUUUUGCCACUUCGGCUUAAUUCCUUACAACCAUGACUAGCAGACUGGAUUUGUUUUGCUAUUUUUUUUUUUUUUUUUUCAGAAAGGAUGUUGUGACAUAUUUUCUGGAAGGGCUUGGAUGUCAUAUGGUUGGAUGUAGCAUUUAUUUGUGCUUUUCCACUCAUUGGAACCAGAACUCAUAGCCGGCCUUAGGCAUAGGCCAAUUAGGCGGCCGCCUAGGGUGCUGGUCUAGCAGGGGCGCUUUUCCAGUAUUUAUUUGGUAUAGGAAGACCAGGAUGGGGGCACCAGGUAAUGUGGUGGGGGGCGCCAUGGAGCCCUUUUGCCUAGGGCACCAGUUGACCUAGGGCCGCUCAGAACUUUCUGAAAUUUCUAAAUGUAGUAAGUUCCAGGUUGUUAAGUUUAAGUUAUAUGAUAUCAUGUAUGCUGUAAAAGUGAGGAGGGUUUCAGUAUAAUCACUGGGGCGCAUUCUUCACAGUUUUAAUGUGAUUUUGCAUUAGCCUGUGAAUAUAGGGAAUACAAGAGAUGCUUUUUUGAAUCCAGGUUUAGCAGAUUUGGCCCUUUCCAAAUAUGUACUCAAAAAGGUAUUUCUGUUUAUGGUUCACUACUGCAUUUUAUUAGUAUUCAUAACAUUUGAAGUUCAGUGAAGGAUAGCUACUGUUGGUAACUUCACCUUCAUAAACUCAGACAACACUUCAUUUUGUAGUUUAGUAUGUUGCCUUUUGUGCACUCAAGUACAGGUUAGCUGUGUAAGUAUACUUUUUGUAAGACUUAUGUUUUUGACAGUAGUCAGGAAUACACGCUGCCCUUGCACUGCUUAAAGCUGAUAAACCAUUGUCAAUCAAGAGCAUUAUUCAAGGUUUACACAGCUCCAGUAAAUGCUACUGUGAAAAAUAAUUUUACUUGUAUUUGUUCUGCUGGGCUUCAAUUCAGUAGUAGAUUUGUGUUAAUCUACAUCUAAAAAUACUUUAUAUAUUUAUAUGUAACACUAAAUAUGUGCACCAAGCAUUCUUGUAGAAACAAAACUUGAAUACUGGAAAUCUUCCUUAUAGCACUAAAACCCUGCAGAAGUGUUUGUUGAUUUAUUUCAAAGUGAUGAAGGACUAUGUUUGCAAGGAUGCUGCUUUUUAUAUAAAAAUAACCAUAUCACCAUUUGCAUGAAGACCCCAUGGUUGUUGUUAUUAUUAUUAUAACUAUAUUAUUAUUAUUAUUAUUAUUAUUAAUUGAGUGCUGAUCAUGCUGUACAAAGUACACAACACACUCCUGUACAUUUUAUGAUGGCUUACAGUGAUGCUGUCCUGUGUGUAUGUGUGUGUAUAUUUAAUCUCAUACUUCCAUGUAUAAACUGAAUAGUCUGAAGACUGUGACUAUGUCCCAUUAAAAAACGUGUAAUUAAUACAGGGGUUGUCAUAUCCAGUUUGUCAUUGUCACACUAGUGUGCCUUCUGUGCCAUUUUAUAUGACAUUCAGAUGUCAGUUAGCAUAAAGUGAGUAUCCAGUUUUAAUGGGCUAAUACUAUUUAUAGGACACAGAUGGUUAAUGUUCUUUUUUGAAAACACUGUAUAGAAUUUGCACAGGUUUUAACUCUGACAGUAUGUGCAAGACAAUGUCUAAUUGUAUUACUUUAAGUCUGACCGUACUAUUUUUGCUGAUUUUGAAAGAAUUCAGUUUGGAGCCAAACACUACUGCUUUGGGGUUUUCUGGUUGUUUUACCGUUUUUUUUUUUAAUGUAAGUCAGAAGUUCUUGUAAUUAUUGAAUUGUGAGAAAAUUUCAAUAAUGUAACUGUCAAUAAAAACCUAAGAGGAAUAUA